CGCUCCCUCCACCCUUCCACCGCCCGCCCUUUACGCCAAGGCCCCUCCCCUCCCGUUGGGUGUAUAAGCCAAUAAUUGCCAUCGCCUCCCGCUCGUGGGCUUAUCCGUAAACAUCGACUCGUCCCGCAAAUCUACAAACCACAACACAACCGCACUCCUUAUCACCAAAACACCGCAUAUCUUCAGUGUAACACAACCAAAACCACAACUGCGGGACCACACUUGCACGUGUAAAUCCAAACGAAGGCGAGACCGACAUAGUUCAACAAUCCGGAAUCCCACCAACCUUUUACCUGGCUGCGGUCUCUACCGCCGAGCCCCCUACUCCGAACCUUGUUUUCGCUUGAAGCAUACCCGAGGUGCUUCUGUUAAUACCUACAUAUUUCUGACUUCCUGUUGGUUGAGUUAUGGAACCCAUUGCCAACAUGGCUUCCCUCAAGUCACCUUGCAGCGGCGCCGCCAUUCAGGACGACGACGACUUCACCACUGCCACCGCCUCGGGAGCUCAGACUGAGGGCUCCGAAGUUGCUCGGAAAAGACGACACUCCCACUUUAUUCCUAGACGCAAGUCCAUUGUCAACCAGAUCAUGGACGGCGAGGAGCACUUGUUACUAAAGGUCGAUCUCUUCCUGACCGAAUUAGAACGCCGCCUCGAAUUCCUCGAAAACUACGGCGAGCUCACUUUCGACUCGAGCAUAUCCCGCGCCUUCUCCACCCUCCAGACCGUCCGCGCUCGCUGCUCUUCUGCCUCGGAGGAGGUCCUCGGCGCCGGACGCAGGCGCCUGCACAUCAUGGUGGAGACACUCGAAGCCCGGUACCAGGGCGCCCUGGCCUCGGCCGAAUCCCUCAACGAGAAGGCCCGCGUUGGUAUCGAGCUCCUGGACGACAUGCUCACCGAGUUUGAGAACAAGGCGCACAAGUUGCGGGAGCAAGGCCUCGCCAAUGCCGCCGACACGGCAAGCGCAUUCAUGAACGAGGGCCGAAGAGUUGUGGACGAGAGUAUCGGGCUCGCGCGAGAGGUCGUCGACGAGGGUAUCGAGAGAGCCAUGCGCGCCGCUGAGAAUUUGGAGGAAAAGAUUGCCCACGCCGUCGCGCGGGCCAGGGAGACGAAACUCAUCACCUACGACGACCUCCCCAUGCCGUGGCGCAUCAACCCUCACAUCCGCGAUGGAUAUCGUUUUACCGAGUCCAAGCUCGAGUGCAUCUGGUCGGCCUUCCGCCCCUCGAACGAGCUGGUCAACAUUUGGUCUCACGCCAUUGGCCUCUUCAUUGUUCUCGCCGUCGCCCUCUAUUUUUACCCCCGCAACAUCAACUUCCAGUUCAGCACCAAGACGGAUAUUUUCGUUGCCGCCGUCUUCUUCUUCACGGCGUGUCUGACGCUGGUAUGCUCAACAAUCUGGCACACCAUGAACGCCGUGGCCGACGUAGACGCAAUCAGCAUCUUUGCGUGUGUCGACUACACGGGCAUCUCGCUGCUGAUUGCAGCGUCCAUCGUCACGACCGAGUACACGGCCUUCUACUGCGAUCCCGUCAGCCGCUGGUUGUACAUGGGUACGACGGCAGUCCUCGGCAUCGGCGGCGUCAUCCUCCCAUGGCACCCGACCUUUAACGGAGCUGAGAUGGCAUGGGCCCGCGUCGCCUUCUUCUGUGGUCUUGGCGCAACGGGGUUCCUGCCGAUCCUGCAGCUCUACUUCUCCCACGGGCCCGACUUUGUCUGGGAAUUCUACACGCCGAUUGCCAAGAGUAUCUUUGUAUACCUGCUCGGCGCUUUUGUCUACGCCAGCAAGAUUCCCGAGCGUUGGUGCCCGGGCAUGUUUGACUACAUUGGCGGAAGCCACAACUUGUGGCAUCUGGCGGUUCUCGGUGGUAUCUUGUUCCACUACACGGCGAUGCAGUCCUUCUUUGCCAAUGCCUUCCGGCAGGCGCAGGGAGAGUGUUCCGUCUUUUGAGGUUGAGGCGUGAAUGUACGCCGCGUUUUGGCUCGGGCUUGCUUCGAUAUGCCAGUCGUAUUCUGCUGUGAUGCGACUACGGAGAACUUGCUUUGCCCGCGGUCAUACAUAUCCUCCUUUCCGGGAACAUCUCGCACUGGUGCCUGUUGUCCAAAAGGGCUGUAUCUCCCAGCCUUGCCCUGGACAGCAGUAGGCGCCAUCUGGCAUCAGUCGACCCGACGCCUCCUCGGCUCCAGACCCAUCAUGUUGGGUUAUGUUGGGCCGAGCAUCAAUGUCCACACUGGCAAUCUUAUAUCGCUUUAGAAAGCUUAGGACAUCAUCCCAUGGUCAUCUUUCCCGGGGGAUAAAGGCGGACAAGCUGUCAGGAUAUUGACGUUCGUCAGCCCUAGAAACUUUUCACGCCUCGCAGAGCCGGACAGGGACGCUGUUAUUUUCAACAAAGUCACACGUUCUCCCGCUCAGUAGUCACGGGCUGGCCACGCCCAGGGAAAGGAGCGCCCCCAUUAC